AUGGUCAACUCAUCAGUCAUUACGAAGCUUUUCGCAGGAACCAUUCCAUUCCAGCCUGCUCUUCCACAAAGUCAGACCAAUGGCUUAUCCAACUGGGGCACACUAGAUGCACCUCUACUCAAUAACUGGAUCGACCGCGGCCAUGGAAACCCCUGGGGAGGCCGGAACUGCUGGAACUCGAACCCAUAUAUUGAUGCCCCACAUACGGGCCAGACGGUUAAGGUUGAUUGGACGCUUGAGCGAAAACCACUAUCUCCAGACGGCUACAGUAAGAACGUACUUCUUGUGAAUGGCCAAUUUCCCGGACCUCUACUCGAAGCCAACUGGGGAGAUAUGAUCGAAGUCACGAUUCAUAACAAGAUUGCUGGCCCAGUUGAAGGAACCGCUAUGCAUUUCCAUGGCUUCACCAUGAAGGAUACACCCUGGAUGGACGGAGUUCCGUCAGUAUCCCAAUGUCCAAUUGCUCCUGGAGAAACCUUUACCUACAAGUUCAAAGCUGAUCUAUACGGCACGUCCUGGUAUCACAGUCAUUACUCUGGUCAGCAAAUUGGAGGACUUAUGGGCCCCGUUGUAGUACAUGGUCCGGCCUCUGAGGGCCACGAAAUCGAUCUCGGCCCUGUAUUCAUCAACGACUGGUGGCAUAAAGACUAUCUCGAGCUGAUCGACGAUGCAGUCGGCACAAAUCAAACGCUCUGGCGACCCUGGGCAGACAACAACAUGAUCAACGGGAAAAUGGACUUUGAUUGCACGACUAUUACAGAUGGCAGGCCAUGCGUAUCGAACGCUGGAUUGUCAAAAUUCCGUUUCCGGGCUGGCAAGACACAUCGAUUGCGCUUGGUCAAUUCCGGCGCAGCUUCUCUACAGCACUUCUCCAUUGACGGACAUGAGAUGACUGUUAUCGCAAACGACUUUGUCCCCGUCAAGCCUUACAACACAGAUGUGAUCACAUUGGGCGUUGGACAGCGCACUGACAUCCUUGUCAAGGCAAAGAAAGACCGGAAAGGCGCUUUCUGGAUGCGGUCCAUGAUAUCUGAUCUAUGCGCCGCUUCGCAUCAGCCUCUAGCUCUGGCAGCUAUUUACUACGAUCAAGCGGAUGAACGUCAGCGUCCCAAUAGUACCGCUCACCCCAUCACCGAUGUCUACCAUACCUGUAUCAACGAUCCUCUUGAGAAGACAGAGCCUAGCUACCCUAUAGCCGUCAAACAGAACCCUACCAGCAUUAUCAACCUUGAUUACGAUCGCGUCAUCAAUGCCACUGGCCACCAGACCUGGACAGUCAACGACUCAGCUUUCCGCGCAAACUACAACAACCCCAUUCUAGAGCUUGUGAAGAACCGCAACACUUCAUACCCCACCCACCCAGAAUGGAACGUGCACAACAUGGGCCAGAACAAAACCGUGCGCAUAAUCAUGUACAACAAGUCCAAUAACACGCACCACCCUAUGCACCUGCACGGCCAUAACAUGCAGGUUUUAUCAGAGGGGCCGGGACGUUGGGACGGCCAUACAAUUGUUCGUCCACAGAACCCUCACCGUCGCGAUGUCCACCAGCUGCGCGCUUCAGGUCAUCUGGUCAUUCAGUACGAACAGGACAACCCAGGUGUCUGGUCGUUGCAUUGCCACGUUGCCUGGCAUGUUUCCACUGGCAUGUUUUCGAGCUUGAUAGAGAGGCCGCAGGACGUUGCAAAGAUGAACUUUCCAGCGCAGAACAAGAAUACUUGUCGGGCUUGGGACAAGUACAGUAGUCAGAACGUUGUAGAUCAGGUGGAUAGCGGAGUGUAG